AUGGCUGUAAGGCCGCUGAGGCGUAUAGUCUUGAUGGAAAGUUCAGUAGCCUUUACAAACGAAGAGCCUGAGGAUAAAGAAUAUGAAAAGGAUGUCCCGAUAAAGCCGCAUGCAUUCGGUGCAGAGGGAGCAACUGCAGCAGAAGGCGAGUAUAGUGCUUCUGAAAGGGAGCAGGGAGAGCCGGAGGAAGCAGAAACAUCAAGGCAGGAGACACCGCAGCAACCAGGAGAAGCAGCAGCAGCAGCAGAGUCUGCUUCUGAAGCUGCAGCAGCAACAGCAGCGGAAUCUGCUGCAGAGUCAAAGGCAGAGGGGCCCCCUUCCGGUGCUUCUACUUCUGAGCAGCAGCAGAAGCAGCAGCAGCAACAGCAGCAGCCUGGAGGAGCAGGGGCCCCCUCAGGGGCCCCUGCUGCUGCUGCAGGUGCUGAGGGGGUUCAUAGUCAUUUAAAAGAAGUGUCAGUAGUAAAAAAAGAAGAAUUAAUGACGCCUAUUAUGAAAGAGCAUAUAGAGGCUGAGGGGCCCUCGCGAGGCUUAGGGAGAGACGCAAUAAAUGAAAGACUGGCAGCGCUGGGGGCCCCCUUCAAAGUAGGCAAGAGUCAUUUUACUGUUGAAUUCGACGGGGGUUUGCGUUUAUCUUCAUCAGAUUUUGAGCGAUUGGCGUCUUCGCCUUCGGGUAUAUUAUAUCGGGGUGUCUCUGAAGAGCCUAGCGUUUUAAGCGAAAAAGAUAUAUUUCUUGCUGUUGACUUAGACGACCCUUCUUUAGGAACAGAUGUUCGUCUAAUUCAGCUUACAGUAAAACCCCGAGCCUGCUCUGUAAAGGCAGAAAACGCAUGCAAAAUUCAGUGGCUCAUCAGACAGCCUUCGCCUGCGGCGCUGCCCCACAGGAUUUUGCUUCUAGGUUUUUCGUCGCCAACUGGCAGUCCAUUUGAAUUCGAUGAGUUAUUAAAGUCAAUUCAAAAGAAGCCGAUGGACUUAGACUUGAGACGUGAGUGCAGUAGCAGCAGCUACACCAAACAAGCAGCAGCAGCAGCAGCAGCAGCAGCGAAAGCAGCAGCAGCAGACACGAACAAGAAAGCAAACACCAUUCAUAGAGACUGCCCGCCUGCAGCUUUGCUGCUGAGGACGGGGCUAGUCAGCCACGCCCCAGGCGAAGGAAAUGAACCUCAGCUGGGGGCCCCUCUGUUGGAGUUACCAGCAAAUGCUACAGAAGAACAAAAGGCAGCAGCAAUAAGAAUAAGCAGAGAAAGCAAUGAAGAAAUCGAUGGUAUAUCUACACCUGAACACGGAGGCGAAUCUCCUGGUGCAGGGGGCAAAGUUGGGGCUUCGACUAUUUUCAAGUAUGUCCUCGCGAGUCUCCUUCUCAUUGGGCUGAUUGUAGGUGUAGCUGUUACCGUCUGCCCCUGCGCAAAAGCCAGCUAG